CAAACAUUAUAGUACCUAUUAUGUACCUAUUAUAGUACUUACCUACAUGUACUCAGUAGCUCUUCCUUUUCUCCUCCAUCUUCUUUCUCCAAUGUCGCAUGCUCUAAACUACAUUUUACUUCUACUUCGUAUACUUCUAUGCAACAAGCAAAGCUGACAGAGCAAGCAACUAAACACUACCUAGGUCUAUCGAGGCUUGGUAUAAGACUAUAAGUCGUCAGCAUCACACGAUGUCACAAUAUCACAAACAAUUGCAUGGGCUGAGCUAUGCCUUAAUUAAUGCAGACGGGACUGAUCAUGACUCCCCCUGGCCUCGGUGAACCACAUUUUUCUUCUAUACCUGCUAUACCUGCUAUGCCUGCUGUGUCCUAGUGCCAAUGUUUAUAAGUUCGAAAUAUUUCCUUCCCGUUUGCCAUUACUUCUCACUUACACAUAUCACUUUCUCCAUCACCUUCUUUUUUCCCCUUAGCCGUUUCUGAACUAGCACAACCCCUCUCUUGCCUGUCAGAUAGCUAAUUGUGCUAGCUAUUUGUAUCUCUCCUUCGGUCUACCUUCUCUUCUCCUUUCGACUUGACGAGAAAAGUAGGACCGGGUGACUAAUUGUCCCUUCCGUCUUCGUGUCACUCUUAGCUUGGUAUCUCGUACUAUCUCACCUUAGUCUGAAAUCAAAGAGCCAUGUCCGACGUUGACUCAGCCUCGUCUUCGGAGGCAGGAUAUUCGGACCAGGGCGUUGGAGACCGUACCGUGAUGGCCGUGGUGCCCGUGAGCAUGCAAACCCCUAAGAAACCUAAGAAGCAGACCCCUCAGGAAGCGAUUGACGAAUUCUGGAAAAAAUUUACAACUAAAGCUCCUGGAAAAGCAACUACUAUUAUCCCGCAUAACGAAUAUGCCGAGAAAGCGGCGAAGAGGUCUACCAAAGCCGUUGGCACAAAUACCCAGACGUCGUACGAAGAAGCUGCCGCCGUCUGUCAAGCCAAGGUUGCCAAAAUCGUCAAGGAGUGUCGCCGUGUAAAUCAGAAAUAUCGAGACCCGCACUUCGAUCUCGAGAUCGAUUUGAAAUGGGGUAGCCGAGAUACUCUAGAGUCUCUUUGCAACACCAAGGAAAAGGCCGACUCGUUAUUCAAGCCCAAGAGCGUCAAGCGUGUGGUAGACAUCUUUGACGACCCUAAGUUCUAUAUCGAGGGUCCCACCGCCAACGACGUCAGGCAAGGUCGUGAUGGCGACUGUUGGCUGCUCGCCGCUCUAUGUACUCUUAGCAACAAGCCUAGUUUGAUUGAGAAGGUUUGCGUAGCUCGUGACGAACAGGUCGGCGUCUACGGCUUUGUCUUCCACCGCGAUGGCGAGUGGAUCUCAGAGAUUAUCGAUGACAAGUUAUUCCUGACCAAGCCCGACUUCGAUGAGAGCUUCCUCGAGCGGAUCCUUUGGGAAGACCGCGAAAGGAUCAACUCUGAGGAGCAAUAUCGAAAGGCGUAUCAGAGCGGAUCCGGAGCUCUCUAUUUCGCCCAGUGUGAGCACGAAAAUGAGACCUGGCUACCACUGCUCGAGAAGGCGUAUGCUAAAGCGCAUGGUGACUACGCAUCGAUCGAGGGCGGUUUCACCGGAGAAGGGAUCGAAGAUCUCACCGGUGGAGUUACGUCCGAGCUCUAUACCACGGAUAUUCUUGAUAGGGAGUAUUUUUGGAAAGAAGAGUUGAUGAAGGUGAAUGAUGAAUUUCUCUUCGGAUGCUCUACAGGAAUGUGGGGUUCUUAUUGGGGCGAACGUAAGGGCAUCUAUGAGCUUCAUGCCUACUCAAUAAUGAAGGCUGUGGACAUUGACGGCCAGCGACUUGUCCUACUCAAGAAUCCCUGGGGAAAAGGAGAAUGGACCGGUGCUUGGAGCGACGGGUCUAAAGAGUGGACAGCUGAGUGGAUGGUCAAGCUCAACCAUCGGUUCGGCGACGAUGGGAAUUUCUGGAUUUCGUACGAUGACCUACUUCGAAAGUACCAGGCUUUUGAUAGAACUCGACUUUUCGGGCCGGAGUGGAAAGUUACCUCUCUCUGGACAACACUAUCGGUUCCCUGGACACUAGACUACCACGAUACAUACUUUACAUUUUCUCUCGCAAAGACUGGGCCUGUUGUUCUUGUGCUUUCUCAGCUAGAUGAGCGCUACUACCGAGGCCUUGAAGGCCAGUACCGAUUCGAACUGAACUUUCGCCUGCACAAGAACGGCCAAGAAGACUAUGUUGUUCGCAGCAUCAGCUCGAUCCGUCUGAACCGCGCAGUAAAUGUUGAGCUCGAGCUAGAAGAGGGCGAAUAUACGGUCUUGCUCAAAAUUGAUGCCACUCGUUAUAUGGGCAAACUACCGAUAGAAGAGGUGGUGCGCAACCAUGCGCGGGACCGCAGAGACAAACUAGUUGCCGUCGGCAUGUCAUACGACCUCGCUCACAGUAAGGGGAAGAUCAUCGAGUCUGCUGAAGAAAAGAAGGCCCGGAAGGAAGCGGAGCAGCGCAAGAAGGAUAAGGAGCGUGAGGAACUCAAGAAAAAGAUCAUGGAGGCCCGGCAACGUAAUCAUUAUUACCGCGUCAAACAGCAUAAGAGGGACCAGGAGAAGAAGGCUAAGGCCAAGGCCAAAGCACAGAUCAAAAAGGCUGUAAAGGCCGACAAGUUAAAGGCCAAGGAGGCUGACAAACAGGAUACCAGUUCCAAGGAAGAACCGUCGGAACCCGCGGAUAAGCACGUUCAAGUGUUGUCGCCAAGCCCUACCCCGGCGCCGGAGGACACUAAAAAGGAACCGACUUCUGAAUCGAGUACGGAUCCCAAGGCGGAGACGCCCUCUACAGAGCCUGACAAGUCUUCCGUAGACUCGCCGUCGACAUCUGAAGAGCACUCUGCUGAAACCCCCGAGGUAUCUAAGGAAUCCAAAGCAGAUGAUACAUCUGGGUCUGAGAAGGUUGAAGGCAAAACUGAGCCGGAUACGGAAGGAUUACCUGAUUCUAGCGUUACUUCGUCAAAUAAGGCAAAUGUCGAUAACAAGUCAGAUGAGAAGGGGACAAAGGAGACGGAAGAUGAAGAGGAUGACUCGUCUGACGAGAGCGAUAUAUCGUCUGUUUCCGAGAUCAGCGACAGAGAGCUAGAUUAUGAGCUUAAGCGUCAGGCGAAUAGUGUCGCCCCUCCUCCUUCGUCGCGACCUCCUGUCGAGCCGCCGGAGGAAGAGGACGAGUUCGAGAAAGACCCGUGGAAUGCUGUCGCCACAGUCGGUUUACGCGUCUACUACAAGGUGUCUGAUGAGGAUAGGGACAAGGAGAUUGUAAAGCUACGUGUCGUCCGCCCGAACCCUUAUGCUAAGGACGAUAAGAAGAACGGCGAAGAUGGGGAUGAGGAUGAGGAGAAAGAAAAAGAGCCCAAGACCUCUAAGGGCCUAGACGUCGACGACAGCUCUAAGGAUGCCACGCUUGAAGGUAGCCAGGAGCAGAGGAAGAAGAGCAUCAUGUCUCUUGUGCCGCAAGCUUAGCGAGGGUAAGGAUCCGAAUAACGAGUUAUGAGGCAUAAGUUAUUACGAGUAUGAUUAGAUAAAAGAGAAUGGAACCUGUAUAGAGAUUGAGAAUAACAGUCAAGUGGAAUACCUACUCCAUUCAGUCACUUCAAUAUAAAUAUCUUCUUUUCA